AUGGCAGACUUUGCAAAGUCCAUAUUUGGGCUUGUAAACUAUCACAACAAAAAGGAGAAUAGCCAAUCACCAACACCUCCUCCUAGCUCAUCGUCAAACACAAACCAGUCAAUUCACCAAUCACAAGUUAAAACAGAUUCACAGUCAGAUUCAAACAAUUUUCAUCAUCAUCACCAGCAACAACAACAACAACUACACCAUCAGCAUUUUUCACAACCACAACCACAACCACAACCACAUUCACAAUACGAAGAACACAGCACAAACAAGUUCAUCCCCAAGGGUUUGGUUAGUGUUGCGCCAACCACUGCAACUGCUGUAUCAACUACCUCAUCGGUUUAUGGAACCACCUCAUCGAACGUCAGCAACGACCCUGGUGCGUAUUUGAACCAAACGUUCAAAGUCAAUGACUUGCAGCCACAACAUAACAAUGCAUACCGCAGCAUUUCUCACUACCAGUCUGCUGCUCAACAUCAACAACCACAGCAACAUAACAACAACCACUCUCAUACCGAGCAAGGAGAGCGACCAACAGGUGCUGCGACUGUGUCCACCACCUCUUCCACAUCUACCACAGCUGACUCUUCGCCAAUGAUCAUCACAACCGAUGAAACUGGUCAGACUAUCAAUUCCAGUGGCAACAAUACUCAACCAAAAGGUAAACUUAAAGUUACUAUUAUAGAGGCAAGAGAUAUUAGGGCCACACAGCCAUACGCUGUAUGUACAUUUGAAAGCUCGGAGUUUGUAACCAAUGGACCAGACUCUUUUGGCAAAUCACCAGGGAUGUUGGGUGUUGCUGCCGCUGGGGGUGGAUCAUCUGGUCCAAGAAACAUGUACAAUGCGAACCAUGCACUGAGAGCACUACCAAUGAAGAGCCACAAUCACCACAGCCAACCCAAUCAACACCAUCACCAAAGACCACAGUUGUACCAAAGGCAGAUGUCGACACAACACUUGAAUUUGGUAGGAGGUGAAUCCACCAACCCAAUAUGGAACCAUGAGGCUACAUUUGAUGUGGUGGGCUCUAAAUCAGAACUUGACAUUUCAGUAUAUGAUGCAGCUAGAGAUGAUGCAUUUCUUGGACAUGUCAGAUUAUUUCCAUCUACAAUAAAGAAUAAAAAGUCUCCUGCUGAAUGGUUACAAUUGGGGGCAAGAAUAAUUGGAGAACGGGUGUCUUCGGGCUCAAUUCAAAUCAAAUGGGAGUACACUUCAUACGAUGGGAAAAAGGCUUAUGGUCCUGACGAUUUCGAAUUUCUUCGGUUGUUGGGUAAGGGAACUUUUGGACAGGUUUUCCAAGUCAAGAAGAAGGAUACAUCAAGAAUUUAUGCCAUGAAGAUUUUAUCGAAGAAAGUGAUUGUUAAGAAGAAGGAGAUUGCACAUACUAUAGGAGAACGAAACAUUUUGGUUCGUACAUCAGCAGCUGCGUCGCCAUUCAUUGUGGGGUUGAAAUUCUCAUUUCAAACUCCAGCAGAUUUGUUCUUGGUUACAGAUUACAUGUCAGGAGGAGAGUUGUUUUGGCAUUUGCAAAAGGAUGGUCGUUUUACUGAAGAACGUGCUAAAUUCUACAUUGCCGAGUUGGUGUUGGCCUUGGAGCAUUUACAUGACAAUGAUAUCGUUUAUCGUGACUUGAAGCCGGAAAACAUUCUUCUUGACGCCAAUGGGCACAUUGCAUUGUGUGAUUUUGGCCUUUCCAAAGCCAAUUUGAAUAACGAUGGAACUACCAAUACAUUUUGUGGCACCACAGAGUAUCUUGCACCGGAAAUUUUGUUGGAUGAAUCAGGAUACACCAAAAUGGUUGACUUUUGGUCACUUGGAGUAUUGAUUUUUGAAAUGUGCUGUGGAUGGUCACCUUUCUAUGCUGACAACACUCAACAAAUGUACAAAAAUAUUGCCUUUGGUAAAGUGCGGUUCCCCAAGGAGAUUUUGAGUCCCGAGGGACGAUCUUUUGUCAAGGGUCUUUUGAAUAGAAAUCCCAGACAUCGACUUGGUGCCACUGAUGAUGCCAGAGAAUUGAAAGCUCAUCCAUUUUUUGCCGAUAUUGAUUGGGCAUUGUUGAAAACCAAGAGUAUACCACCACCAUUCAAACCGCAUCUUUCAUCUGAAACAGAUACAUCGAAUUUCGACCCUGAGUUUACCUCUGAAUCGACAUCAGACUUGAAAAAGCAAAUGGAAAUGGCGUCGACACCAUUAUCUCCUGGAGUUCAGGCCAACUUUAAAGGAUUCACCUAUGUUGACGAUUCGGCAAUGGAUGAUCAUUUUGGCAGAUCUUACCGUAUGAAUACGUUCAAGAACCCUGGCUCGUUCAUUCCUGGUGACCCCAACUUGCCUCCUGCUGAAGAUGCAGUUGAUGAUGAUCAGAUUGAUGAAGAGGAUGAAAUGGAGGUUGAUGAAGAAGAUCAUCAAAUGGAUGAUGAAUUUGUCAAUGGCAGAUUUGACUUAUAG